AAGCGGAGCCUCGGUUCGGCCUCUCCUGGCAACGCAGGAGACCCAGCGGGAAGGCAGGAGGCGGCGGCGGCGGAGGCGGAGCUGGACUGAGCGGCAACUGUAGCGACAGCAACCGGAGGCGCCGCCGCCGCCACCACCUGCACCUGGCGCCCGGCCCAAGUCCAGCGCCCGCCCGGCCGCUGCUUCCCGCCGUCCUGCCGUGCCCACCCGCCAGGUAUUAUCAUUUAAUGAAAUCUUCUUGCCAGCAACUCUAUGAUAAAAAAUAUAAGUAACAGAGGAAACUAUAACUGUUAUUUGUCAAGUGGCAAGCUUUUAAUGUCAGAAUGGCUCACAUAAAGCGACUAGUAAAAUUACAUCUUAAAAGACAUUAUCAUAAAAAGUUCUGGAAGCUUGGUGCAGUAAUUUUUUUCUUUAUAAUAUUUUUGAUUUUAAUGCAAAGAGAAGUAAGUGUUCAAUAUUCCAAAGAGGAAUCAAAGAUGGAAAGAAAUAUAAACAAAAACAAGAUGUUUGAUUUAAUGUUAGAAGCUGUAAACAAUAUUAAAGAUGCAAUGCCAAAAAUGCAAAUAGGAGCACCUGUCAGGCAAAGCAUUGAUGCUGGUGAGAGACCCUGUUUGCAAGGAUAUUAUACAGCAGCAGAAUUGAAACCGGUUCUUGACCGCCCACCUCAGGAUUCCAAUGCACCUGGUGCUUCUGGUAAAGCAUUCAAGACAACCAAUUUAAGUGUUGAAGAGCAGAAGGAAAAAGAACGUGGAGAAGCCAAACACUGUUUUAACGCUUUUGCAAGUGACAGGAUUUCUUUACACCGAGAUCUUGGACCAGACACUCGACCUCCUGAAUGUAUUGAACAAAAAUUUAAGCGCUGUCCUCCCCUGCCUACCACCAGUGUCAUAAUAGUUUUUCAUAAUGAAGCCUGGUCCACGCUGCUUAGAACUGUCCACAGUGUGCUUUAUUCUUCCCCCGCCAUACUGCUGAAGGAAAUCAUUUUGGUGGAUGAUGCUAGUGUAGAUGAGUACUUACAUGAUAAACUAGAAGAAUAUAUAAAACAAUUUUCUAUAGUAAAAAUAGUCAGACAAAGAGAGAGAAAAGGUCUGAUCACUGCAAGGUUGCUAGGAGCAACAGUUGCAACAGCUGAAACACUCACAUUUUUAGAUGCUCACUGUGAGUGUUUCUAUGGCUGGUUAGAACCUUUGUUGGCUAGAAUAGCUGAGAACUACACAGCAGUUGUGAGUCCGGAUAUUGCAUCCAUAGAUCUAAACACGUUUGAAUUCAACAAACCUUCUCCUUAUGGAAGUAAUCACAACCGUGGAAACUUUGACUGGAGUCUUUCAUUUGGCUGGGAAUCGCUUCCUGAUCACGAGAGGCAAAGAAGGAAAGAUGAAACCUACCCAAUUAAAACACCCACUUUUGCAGGAGGCCUUUUUUCCAUAUCAAAAGAAUAUUUUGAAUAUAUUGGAACUUACGAUGAAGAAAUGGAAAUCUGGGGAGGUGAAAAUAUAGAAAUGUCUUUCAGAGUAUGGCAAUGUGGUGGGCAGUUGGAGAUUAUGCCUUGCUCUGUUGUUGGACAUGUUUUUCGCAGCAAAAGCCCUCAUACCUUUCCAAAAGGCACUCAGGUGAUUGCUCGCAACCAAGUUCGCCUUGCAGAAGUCUGGAUGGAUGAAUACAAGGAAAUAUUUUAUAGGAGAAACACAGAUGCAGCAAAAAUUGUUAAACAAAAAUCAUUUGGUGAUCUUUCAAAAAGAUUUGAAAUAAAGCACCGCCUUCAGUGUAAAAAUUUUACAUGGUAUCUGAACACUAUUUAUCCAGAAGCAUAUGUGCCAGACCUUAAUCCUGUUAUAUCUGGAUAUAUUAAAAGCAUUGGUCAGCCUCUGUGUCUGGAUGUUGGAGAAAAUAAUCAAGGAGGCAAACCGUUAAUUUUGUACACAUGUCAUGGCCUCGGGGGAAACCAGUAUUUUGAAUACUCGGCUCAACAUGAAAUUCGGCAUAACAUCCAGAGGGAAUUAUGUCUUCAUGCUGCUCAAGGUCUUGUUCAGCUGAGAGCGUGUGCCUACAAAGGUCACAGGACAGUGGCCAGUGGAGAACAGAUAUGGGAGAUCCAGAAGGAUCAACUUCUAUAUAAUCCAUUCUUAAAAAUGUGCCUUUCAGCAAAUGGAGAGCAUCCGAGCUUGGUGUCAUGCAAUCCAUCAGAUCCACUCCAAAAAUGGAUUUUUAGCCAAAAUGAUUAAGUGUUCCUUAAAAUUAAGGAGUUGAAAAAGGAGAUAUUCUUUCUCAUAAAACUGUGACUAGGCAUACACUGUAGUUUUUGAAAAUUAUGCAAAAGCAGCUAAUUGUAACUUAUUCCAAGUGCAUUUUUCUUAUUUAUAUCUUAAAAUGUCUAUGUAGCACUGCUACAGAAAUCUUUUAAGUUUCCGUUUCAAAGCACAAUAACUAAUAAUACCAAAGACUAUUUUGAAAUGUCCAGAUGUAGGGGAAGAGAUGUUUACAGUAUGAUGAAAAUAAUUUUCUAAGUAAAGUGAUAUAUGUGUGUUUUGUACACUUAAAGAUAUGCAUAGCUCCAUUCACACACUCACAAUUUAAAAUAUUUCUUCUAGUUUUUGGGGGGAGGGAGAAAGAUUUGAUACCAUAUUUUUUUAACUACAUAGAAAUGGAUCAGUGAAGGUCAAGCAUUGGCCUUUGUGUAUAAACCAGGAAAUUUUUAUAGAUCUAGAAUUUAUUACAUAAAAAUGCAAGUAAACUUUUUUGCCUUUUGUUUACUUAUCUGUCAUAGGUUUCCUUAAACAUGAAAUUAAAUGAUUAAGGAGAAUAUUUUUAACACUUCAGUAUCUUGGCAAAUUUUAAAAUAUUUUUUAGUCUGAAGCCCACUUGACUUAAAGCACUUAAAUCUUGCUUAAAAGAUAUUUCUUAAAUAACUAUACUAUAUGUUUUCCCAAAGCAAUAUUUAAAAAAAAAACUGUAAAGUACUAUCUGUUGAAAAGGUGUCUUUUUCCUUUCUGCUAGUCCUUUUUUCUUACCAAAUUCACUAAUCUUGAAUGUUUGUGAAAUUGAAUUUCAAAUGCAGAAUACUUGACUCAUUUAAAAGCUAAAUUUUAUUUGUUACUGAUUCAAUUUAGAUUGUCUUUGUAAAGAAUUUUUUUCAUCAAAAAAAUCCUUCUAUGUGGAAAACACAAUAAAAUGAAUCCUUAUCACUUGU